CAAGAGCGGAAGCGAACAUGUCAUUGCAAAGCUUUUAAUCGCAGCUGCACCUUGGGAUAUGGCGAUUUCACCAGUACGUACCAACCUCAGGCAAGUGCGUCUCUGUAGACAAGUCUAGCGAGCCUGCUCAGUUGAUAUUUCAAUCGGAUCCCGCACCUCAUUCACAAGAGAAACGUAGCCUGCCGUAACAGGAAAAAAAGAACGAAUGCUACUCCGAAAAUCGCAGAAACCUCUCCCAACUUCACUGCCAUUGCGUGAAUUUCUGUUUUAGAUCAACUCGGGUAAAAUGCUGGCGGUCCACCUGAAAGAAGCUGAAAAGGCCAAACAGAAGCUUAGACCCCAGCUUUUGCAGGGAGAGCGAAAUGUGAUCAGGGCCGCUGAGAAAUACAGCGACAUCCUUCUGACCACGAUUAACGAAGACGUUUCAUGUGCAUACGUAGCGCAACGACAAAUUGAACUUGAGCUUCGUAACGUAGAGAGACUUCUUGUCGCCAAUGCAAAUCAGAACGCGCAGUGGAUGACACUGCUGGAUCGCCUCACUCGUGAGCUUAAAGAAUUGGGCGAUGUCAGCAACUGGCUUGAGCACCUGGAGGCUGCGGCAACAGAAAUAAACGAGAUCUCGAAAUCUCUGCAUGUUAGUCCUGUCUAA